AUUGAUAACAAGCAAGUAUUAGUAGCUGGUGAUCCAGAAAAAGAACAUAUAGCAUUGGUAGAGAAAUACGGUGGUAUACCAUAUCAUCCAAAUCAAAUUACUCAUGCGGAUGAAUUAGCCAAAACAUUGGACGUACAAGCGAUGUCUGUGAAGAGUACUGUAUGA